AUGAACCAAAGGCCAUACAACAAUCAGCAGCAAAAGUAUCAACAAGGCAGAAGCAGUGGGAACGGAGCCUAUGAACCACAGAGAAGAACCAAUUAUGCUCCAUUCCAAAGAGAUGACCAACCCAUCAACACCCUGAAAAGCUAUGACAAAGAAUAUGUUACCAGGAACGAUGCUGUGGUCAGAAACAUUGAGUCCCACCUGGGACAGAUAGCUGGGGAACGUGACAAACCACCACAACAGGCAGCUGUGGAGCAAAACCUAGAACUUGAGGAAGAAGUUGAAGUUGAGAAAGAUCCAGUGGAGAGUAGCAAAACAAGCAGUCCACCACAAACCAAGCAAGUCCCAGUCAAAAUUCCGUUCCCCCAAAGAACAAGGAAGCAACAAGAUGAUAAGCAGUUUGGAAAGUUUCUAGACAUUCUAAAACAACUCCACAUCAACAUACCCGUGGUAGACGCGCUGGAACAGAUGCCCAAGUAUGUCAAAUUCAUGAAGGACGUUAUCUCUAAAAAGAGAGGAAUAACAGAAUAUGAAACUGUGAAGAUGACACAAGAAAGCUGCCAAUACUUGGGCAAACUCCCACCUAAGCUACGGGAUCCAGGAAGUUUCACCAUACCUUGUACAAUAAAGAACACGUACCAAAGUAAAGCCUUGUGCGACUUAGGGGCAAGCAUCAACCUCAUGCCCUCCUCAGUUUUUAAACAAUUGGCCACAGGACCAGCAAAACCAACCAUUGUAACCUUACAGAUGGAAGAUAGAUCCAUUAUCAAACCAGAAGGAAAGGUGGAAGAUCUACUAGUCAAAGUAGAUAAAUUUAUCUUUCCUGCUGACUUCAUCAUUUUGGACUAUAAAGCAGAUAUAAACGUUCCCAUCAUCCUGGGACGACCGUUCCUAGCAACCGGAGGAGCGGUCAUCAAUGUGCAAGAAGGGGAACUUACCAUGCGAGUACAUGAUGAUGAAGUUAAAUUCAAUGUCAUCAAAGCAAUGAAAUUUCAUGAUGAGGAUGAAGAUCUGGAAGAAUGCUCUGCAAUCACGUUAUCAGAUAACCAGAUCAAUAUAAACCCAAAAGUCAAAGAAAUGGAAGAGGGUGAAGGAGUGGAAGUCUUCAUGGACGAUUUCUCAGUUUUGGGAACGUCGUUUGAUCACUGUCUGGUCAACUUAGAAGAAGUUCUUCAAAGAUAUAUCUCUUCUAAUCUGGUUCUUAACUGGGAGAAAUGCCAUUUCAUGGUAAAAGAAGGAAUUGUCUUAGGACAUAAAAUCUCCAGGAACGAAUUAGAAGUGGACCAAGCCAAAGUAGAAGCCAUAACAAAGAUGCCACCUCCAGUAAGUGUUAAAACGCUGAGGUCAUCUCUUGGGCAUGCAGGUUUUUACAAAUGA